UGGGUAUCACACAUGUCAUUCCUGCACAGCUGAAGAAGAAGAUGGAGGUUCCUGUUCCUUGUGCUGCUGUGCUCUUCCUCCUGCUCCUUUCUCAGGCCCUGGUCACGGUUAGAUCACAGGAGGAAGAGGAGGCCGUUCAGCAGGAGGAAGAGCUGCAAGAGCUGCAGGAGGAGGAGCAGCAGGUGAUCGAGACAUGGACACGGAACGUCAAAGCCUGCACCUGUGACUGCGAGUCCGUGAAUGCGCCCACACGCGUCCCCGCGGCGAUCUCACCUGUGCCACCGACUGAACUUCCACCACCUCAGGCUCACCCACUGAACUGCAUGCCAGAAUGCCCAUACCAUAGAGCCCUGGGCUUCGAAUCAGGAUCUGUAACCUCAGACCAGAUCAACUGCUCCAACCAGGACCAGUACAUUGGCUGGUACUCCUCCUGGACCCCCAACAAGGCUCGCCUUAACAACCAAGGAUUUGGGUGUGCCUGGCUGUCCAAGUUCAAUGACCAGCAACAGUGGAUCCAGAUCGACUUGAAGGAGGUGGGAGUGGUGUCUGGUAUCCUCAUCCAAGGCCGCUGUGACGCUGAUGAGUGGAUCACUAAAUACAGCAUCCAGUAUCGCACCGUGGAAUCCCUCAACUGGAUCUAUUACAAAGACCAAACAGGAAACAACAGGGUCUUCUAUGGGAACUCUGAUCGCUCCUCCACCGUGCAGAACCUGCUACGCCCCCCCAUCGUAGCUCGCUACAUCCGCCUGCUGCCUCUGGGCUGGCACACCCGCAUCGCCGUCAGGAUGGAGCUGCUGAUGUGCAUGAGCAAGUGCACCUGAUGAUUCACAGGCCUGCUCAUUCGUCCCCCAUCCACCCGCUCCCUGCCAACUAGCCAAAAAAAAAAAA